GCAAGUUAAUUCGUUGCCACACGCACCAGAUCAGGCAUCACCCAACAAUAGCAUACAGCCUUAGAUUUUGAUGCCGCUGGCAGCAGUCUAUAUAAACAGACAGUAAAAACAUGCUUUGAGAAAAGAGACGUACUUGAACCAUUCCAUUCCCAGUAGCAGGAAUGGAAGAGGAUUCUAUUGGAGGAGCAGCUACUCCCCCUAAAGAAGCUGUUGCUGCUGGUAAGGUCGAAGAAGGCGUGAUCAAGAACAGUCAAAAUGCUGCAAAGCAUGGACGCUAUGAUCGCUGCUUCUCCUUCGUAGAGAUUUCCAUUGAUCCUGGGGUGAAAUCGUUGAAACAAUUGGAUUCCAAGAAAUUCAAAGAAGAUAUCAAGAAAUGGGCUAAAAGGGUUGCUGCUUAUGCCCGCCAGUUCAGUGAUCGCUUUGGAAGCUCUCGCCGUUAAUCCUGCUCUUACUUUCAUAAAUUUGCAAGGAUGACAAAUCUAUUCCUUUCUUUAAAGGUGUCGGAAGUUGGAUCGAUGCUUCGGAAGCUGGUGAUGAAUGAAAAGUUGAACGUGUUCAGGUUACGCCUUUUCGGCAGAAUCAUGAUAAAAGUAAAUAUCUGACAAACGAAUAAGCAACUGCCUGUUCCAGGGAGGGUUGGGGGAACAGAAAGGGUACAGAAAAACUAAACUUAUUUCAAUUCGUAGACUACAUAUCUUUAAUAAAUCUCAUAGUUGUUUUCAGUUUCCUUCACUUGUUUAAACAUGAUUGUUGAUUAA